GUCGGCAAGCCGGGGUGACGCUUAUCGAGGGCCUAUGAUAACCAAGGCCCUAGAACAAAUAUGAUAACGUUCUUAUAUGACUUCAAGGCCCUGUAACCAGAAACGACUCUGGGGUAUUCAGACAGCCUUGUACGACAGACGGGGGAUUGUGCGCGGUCGCCCCUCAGUGAGCUCUUGCACGUCUUCACCCUGGCCCUCCAGCCUGAGAGCAGCAUGGGACAGGAGGGCGUCAUCAUGACCAACGACGACGCCAGCGCCUGCAAGCGCAGUGCCGUCGCGCAGGGCUACUGGGACGACCCGUUCAUCCCCUACUUCGUGAGGAGCUUCGAGCGGAAGGCGCCUGAGAUACACCGCGGCUACUACGCGCGCACACAGGCCGUGCAGCGCCUGACGGAGGCGUUCCUGGCGCGCUGUGGCGAUCAGUCACAGGUGCUAUCGCUGGGCGCUGGCUUCGACACGCUCUACUGGCGGCUGAAGAGCGCCGGCGUCCGCUUCAGCAACUACGUGGAGCUCGACUUCCCGAUGGUGACGACCCGCAAACUGAUGUACAUACAGCGCCAGAAGGGUCUGUUGUCGGCCUUCCAGAGCGAGGAUGGCGAGGUGCGCAUCAGCCGGAGCGGCCUGCACGCGGACGACUACCACCUGAUGCCGGUGGACCUGGCGCGGUUGGCCGACGUGCGGGACGUACUGUCGCAAUGCGCGCUGCGGCCCGACCGGCCGACCGUCGUGCUUGCCGAGUGCGUGCUGGUCUACCUGGAGCCGACAGCCGCCCGCCAGCUGCUCGCCCACCUGGCCGCCACACUCGCCACAGCGCUGUUCGUCAACUACGAGAUGGUGGGCGUCGACGAUCGGUUCGGCCAGAUCCUGGUGAAAAACGUGCGUGGACGGGGCUGCGACCUGGCCGGCAUCGACGCCUGCAACUCGGACGACACCCAGAUCCAGAGAUUCACCGACACGGGCUGGGACGGCGCACGUGUCUGGCGCAUGGACGACGUGCUCCGGCUGCUGCCGGCCGCCGACGUGGCCCGCAUGGAGCGACUCGAGCUGCUGGACGAGCUGGACGUGCUACUGCAGCUGCUGCAGCACUACGGCAUCGUGGUGGCUUGGCGCGACGCGGCUGACCACGACCUCGGUCAACUCGACUUCACUUGAGACCGGCUGUUUGUUCACAAUUGUUUAUCUGGGAUAGCUGCUUUUGCCAUGGCAGGUAGUGGCCUCAAGACAGGUCAGACACCUUGGGUUUGCGGGUAUUUGUGAGUAAACUGGCUUCCUGUGACGUCACGUCACCUGAGGAAAUACUUCGCCGGCAAACCAAAACUGGCCUUUGGACGCCUCCAGCCGCCCUUGGUGAGUAGCGCCACCAAGAGCGUUGCCGCGGAGGUCGUUAGAGACCACGGGUGGUAGCACUAUUGGCUAGUGCAGCUGGCGGCUGGAAUGUGACGUCAGAGGUGGACUGUCAUUGGCGGCUGGUGCUGUGUGGCCUGACUGCCGCUGUGAAGUGUCGGAAUGUUGGGAUCGCGCGUGCUGCGCCCGGCCUGUUGUGAUAUUUCUUCGUUACGGUUGUGUCUACUUAAUUGCCGUCGUCUCCGGUAUCAGAUCAAUGCAGCAGCCUUCCAUCAAAAUACUGAGGUGUCCAUAACGACCAAGUGUAAAGUCGUCCCGGCGUCUGUGUUGCCGUGCUGGCGCGGGAGGCGCUUCAGCGUGCUGGCCACGCCGUGGGUCGCGCACCUCCGCCGACGCGGGCAGUGGGCUCCAGGGGCGACCGCCAGUAUCCCAACGAGCGCAGGGGAAGUCGCCGGCUGACGUGGAGACUGGACCGCAGAGGACGGGGAGGGGAUGGUGAGCCGCCGACUGGUGUGGAGACAGGACGAACUGAGGGUCGCGACGUGUGCAGCGUCCCGUGGAAGACACCUGGAGUCACGAGGCCGAACAAGGAACCCACGCGGACGGUCGGCGCCCUCGCGCUGUCUCGUCCUCUUCGCGAGGGUCUUCCCAGCCAGCAAUUCUGAUCGGGACCCAAGCGGGCUGAGCUUAUGCUGUGUCAAAGCUGGGUUUUGGGCACAGCCCAGGGAAAGCUUGGAUUUUGACUGGCCUUUGGAUGAGAAACGUAAAUCAAAACCGGAUCCAAGUCCGAGCGGCGCCCGCCCAGGAGAAUCCGCUCAAAACCCGCACAUGUGAGAGGCAACUCGGCCGGUUGUCCGUGCCACAAUAGCCAUGUAUAUGUCAGGUCACCAUAGCAGGGACGUGGCCAAGGGGGUGCCAGGGGCCAUGGCCACUUGCUGAGACGAGUUCUGAAGAGCUUCCUGAAGAGGUUUGCACUGGAUAUUGAGCAGUUCCAUACGUGGGCAGUUGGGUCUGAACAAAUUCGGUGUUUGGCUCGCCUGAAAGAGAUUCUGGCCACGUGCCUGCACCAUGGCAAUACCCACGGGGAUCGCCGGCGCCGGAUCUUAAAACCAAAUUGAGGAAACGGCCGUCAUUGGCUUCCCUGGUGAUCCCUGCCUUAUCUUCCUAUCUUCUAUCAGUAUCUUAUCAAUUUACUUGCUUACACCGCUGUCACGCUAUUUUCUAUUCUGUAAAACCGCUCGAGAGGUAAGGGAAGACCAGAUCUCAACCCAAUGGCCGCUACCGUCAUUAGGUUGGGUUAUGGCCAUUCGUAUACCACUACAGUCAAUACAAUACAAAAGAUUCCGUUGUUUUGUCGAAUGGCACCUGCGCGUUACAAAUUUACGUAUUCACUGGCGUAUGUAUAACACAGCGACCAACCAUUAUUUGCUUGACGCAUGCCUCGUGUUACAAAUGCGAGCAACCUUGCUGAUCCGUUUUAUAGAAAACAUUACUAUUAUACCUAUGUUUUAGAGAGCGUCCCGCCGCUCG